CUGUCCCUCUGCAAUUGCAUCAGCUGCUAAAACCCUAGAUCACCCGAAGAGCAAGAGCCAAGAGCUCAUUACUCCUUAAAAUUCGGACUCGAAGGUGAGAGUCACGCGCUCCAAUGGCGACCAGACGCUGCCUCCACUCUCUGAUCCGCCAGGCCUCAGCUCUGCUCUACAGAGACCACGCUUCCGUUCGCUUCCUCGCCACGCCACUUCCUCGUCCCAACCAACGAGACCUCGGAACUCUCACCGCCAAAUUCGCCCCCCUUUCUGCCAAUCCAGGAUCCGGCCGCCACGAGCACAGGUCGCCGGCGCGCCAUUUCUCCUCGAACAGAGGCGAAGACGACGGGGAUACGGAAGAUGGUGAAGAAGACGACGACGACGACGACGACGACGAAGAGGAAGUUGCGGAGUUUAGCGAGGACGAGGAUGUCGAGAAUGUUUCGGUGUCGAUAUCCGGCUCGAGAAGAGAGUAUUCUCCGGAAGAGAAGGCGGCGGAGGCUGCCGCCAUCGGAUAUAAAGUGAUCGGCCCACUCGAGAAGUCCGAUAAUGUUUUCAAGCCGUAUGAACCUGUUUUCGCCGUUGUUCAGAUUGGUUCGCAUCAGUUUAAGGCCAGCAAUGGGGACUGCAUUUUCACUGAGAAAUUGAAGUUCUGUGAGGUGAACGACAAGCUCCUUUUGAACAAGGUUCUCUUGUUGGGCUCGCGUAGUCAGACAAUAGUUGGUAGGCCUAUAGUGCCAGAUGCAGCCGUUCAUGCAGUUGUUGAAGAGCAUGCAUUGGAUGCUAAAGUACUUAUUUUCAAGAAAAAGAGGAGAAAGAAUUAUCGUCGAACCAAAGGACAUCGCCAGGAAUUGACUAAGUUAAGGAUAACUGAUAUUCAAGGAAUCGAGAAACCAGAACCAGUAGAGAAGCAAAAGCCUCCAAAGACACCUGGUAAGAAGCAAGAAAAGGUUGCAGUUGCUGCGUAGAUUGAACUUUCCCCAUCCUAUACACUCAGCAGUCGUUUCAAGUUACUUUCUCAUGAAAUCCCUGAUCAUAUUCCAAAAAUUCUCCCUGUGCAUCUUGGAUGUCAUGUUGUAGCGGAAACGUUACCAUCAAAUGAGGUAGAUGUAUUAGGGUUGAUCAUAUUCGGAAAAUUCUCCGUGUACAUUUUGGAGGUCAUGUUUGCUAAAUUAAAUUCUUUUCUUGCCAUUUGUAUCUUUGGAACUUGGCAGUAAAAAUUUUUUGAAAUCAUGCUGCUGAAUUGAUUAAUAAGUUUUGUUCCAAGUACAUACUUUCAUGGUCUGGACCAAUCUUUUUAAAUCCUGAUACUGGGGGUUGAGGUAAUGAGGCCUAUGGUUCUUUUUUUUAUCAUUUCAUUAUCAAGAAAAGGAAAAAAAAAAAUUGUAAAUAAAGUGG